UAGGGUUUAGUGUUAUGUGUUCACACUGUCGUCGUCCAUUUUCAUCGUCUCUCCUUGAGAUUCUUUCGUCCCAGAGAUGGCAUCGCUUUGCAGGUCAGCGCUGAUGAGUGGUUCUAGAAAUUUAGUAUCUAGAUCCAGGAUCGUAACUCAAAAGUAUCUCAAUCUUAAACCGACAACGACGACUUCAGCUCCUUUUGGUUCAGUCUCCCAAUCCAUCCCUCGCGCUUCAAGGGUUCUGUCGGCUUUGGGAAGUGUUGAGACGAUGAUUCCGCUUCACAGUGCGGUUGCUUCAGCUCGGCUCCGGUCAAGCAUCGCUGCUGAUUCCUCUUGUUGGAGCAUGCUUUCAGAGGGAUUUGCCACGCCUUUGUGACCCCGGUCUGCUGGAUCUAUAUCAGGCCAAAAUUAUUAGGACUUGCUUUCAGACAAUGAGUGGGAACAAGGAUAGUACUUUUUUCUAGUUUCAACUCUUUCGUCCAUGUAUUGUUAUACUUCAGAAGAAAUGUUGCUUCAAAGUUCUUGUUAUCGUUCUUUGUUAUUUGUAUCCCACACAUUUUGGGUUUUUUCUGCGUUGAAACUCAGUUUUUCCUCUCUUCUCUUCGUGUGUCAACUUCAGUGUUCAUCUUGAUUGUUUGUGCAAAUAACAAUGCAUAAGCUCCUUUUUUUUUCUGA